ACACACCCCUCCCUCUCCGUGCUAAUAUGCAGCUCCUCUGCAGUUUGUCCUAGCAGAAGUCUGCUCUGUGUGGCUGUUUCUACCAUACUGCAGCUGGGUUGCUCCAGGCUGAGGUUGCUGCUGCCGAGUCCUGGCGGAUCAACUUCUAGGAACCGUACCCGUGACGUCGAGGAGCUUCUUCAUACGUACCUUUCCGGUUUUAGGUACCAGCUUUGGGAUCUCCGACGGUAUAGAAAGACUACAAAGAGGAGAUUAAAAAGGAGGAAAAAAAUCAGGUCGCGACGGCUGAUCGACGCGGACGACUUUCCGGCGUUGCCGACCAACCCCCCGCUCCCGCCACCGACAACUGACGUCACAACGCAGCCGUUGGUUUUUUUUUUUGUUUUUUUGAGUCGUUUGUGCGAAAGGAGGAGGAGUCUAUUUUUUUUUUUCCUCCAAGAGAAGCAAAGAGUCGGAGUGGAGUGUGCCGACUACAGCACAACAUAGAGCUGCGGCUUUAUUUACCUUGUGCAUGUAGAAACCGGUGUCCUGCAGCUCCAUCCACACUACAUCCUGUCUGCACCGUUCUGCAGAGAAGCGGACACAUCGAAGUCCAAACUGAAAAUAACUCGACACCACUGGACAACAAGACGAGUCGGUGAGUGGAGGUUGUCGACAAAGCUGGUGUUAAAUCCAUGACCAAGAACCUUUUGGUUUGAAGGAAGAAAUGGAAGUUGUGACAGAGGAAAAAAAGAAAAUUUUUCGUGCCAGGAAAACCAUGAAGAUUAGUGAUCGUCUGCAACUGGAAAGCCUUCACAGCACUUUACUGAACUCUGCUCCGGGUCUGUCCAACCCGUCCCCACCGCCGCUGGUGAACGGCACGCAUAAGGAAGACGGGCAAAAGGUUGGCGACAAGGAGCAAAACAGUUCCUCUGACCCCAACUCUCCUCAGACGGCUUCCCCCGCCACUCCGGGAUCUCUGAGUUCGCCGGCGCCCUUUCUGUCCCUGAAUCUGUCACCCUCCCCGGGCUCUUCCCAAAGUCCCAACCCGCAGGAAGAAGCUACGUCUCAGUCGUCGCUACCACCCUCAGAACCCCACGAUGCAAAGAAGAUGGACAAUGAAGAGAAGAGAAGCUCUUCACCGUCCCCACAAAGCGAGUCUGAAGCACCGGUGUCUGCAGAACAUAGGGAGCAACAGAAGGAAGACACUGAUGUGAUUCCAGUAGAUGAAACAGAGGAGAAAAUGGCUGCACCAGAGGAACCAGUUGAGGACGUGGAAAAGGACUCUGACAAACGUUCUCCUGAACCAUCCGCACUGUCUGAAUGUAUAGAACCAAUGGACGAAGAAAACGACUCAGCAAAUAUAGAUUCUGAGGAAUCCUCGUCCACAGCGAAACAUGAAAAACCUCCUUCCCCCAGUGAGGCACCCUCCGAUUCUUCAACACAUCCCCCUGUGUCUGGUGAGGACAAACGACCAACAGCUGAAAGCAAAGAGGAAGACAGUAACAAAACCUCUGUUGAGAAAGACUCAAAUGAGAAGAAAAAAAUGGAGGUGAACUCAGUGAAAGUGGAGUUCAGAAAGGAAGAAGGUGAUGCUGGACAAGAGAAAGGACCAACUCGACCAUCAUCCACCCCACCUUGUAACACAGAUCAAGGGCAGAAGAGCUCAAACUCGGGACUGAAGCGCACUUUAUCAGAGGGAAAUGAAAACGAUGCAGUGACUGUGAAGAGAGAAGGGAAGAGGCCCAAGGUUGAACACGAGGAGCUGGAGGCCCAACUGGAGCUCAAAAUCACAGCAAAAGCUGGCAGCCAGCAAAAACUGGAAAAGAUCAUCCAACAGCUUGUGAAUGAGCGUCUGAAGAUCUUGGAGCUGACAAUCUUUGACAAACAUUUCCAGGAGUUAAAGGACAGAGUAGACAAAAUCGACUGUGCCACUAAACACCAAACUGCCAUCAACUCACUCCAAAGCAAGAUCGCUCGACUGGCCAAAAAGUUUGGAGAGGCAAAUCAGGUGUCAGAAAACAAAAGAAAACAGGAGGCAUUUGCUGCUGCUACUGCUGCCGCUGCUGCUACUGCUGCCGCCAAGGCUGCAACUGUAACAAACAACUCCCAAGUUCAGCGGCCAGUCCGGACCUCUGUUGAAGUCAAGCAGGCUACAGUAGCUGUUGGUUCAUCCAGCACCGCUGUGGUUCCAGUUGCUGCUCCUCUGACGGUUUCUACAGCGCCCACAGCUUCCGCCUCAGCCCUAGCCCCAGCUUCCACCACCACCACCACCACCCUAGUCCCACAGGGCUCAAUCCUGCAGCUGAUCACCUCCAGCUCUGCCUCCACUUUGGCAACAGGCAUCACCACUCAAAGCCAACCAGGCACUCUGGUGCUGAAAACAACACCUGGGAGCGGCAUGAUGACUGCAGGCCAGCCGCUGGUCAUCCAGCUGCCUCUGUCGGUCAACGGCCAAACAGGAACUCUUGUCAACUUCCCCGUCUCCUCUUUGGCUGCAGCCACUUCCCUGAACAAGGCCAAAACCACUCCGUCCACCACCACCUUCAUCCUCAAGCCUUCUCCUGCAGCUAACACAGCAUCAGCCCCCACCUCUACAGCUGCCGCCCUUCCCACUCUGCAGGCUUCUUCCGGGCAGGUGGCCACAACGCAAAUCUCCCUAGCCCGAGCCGUGUAUCAAGGUGGAGCUGGAAGAAUAACCACACCCAACGCCGGGGUGUCUGUGACCACCGUCAGAGCCCCGGCUCAGUCUGUGUCUGUGGCUGGCGCUGUGUCUUCAGCCUCGUCACCUGCAACCUCCGGGCCAGCAGCGACGGGCUCCACUGCACCAGGAACACCACAAGGGACGUCUCUCACAUCCAAGACAGACAACCAAGCUUCUGUACCCACUCCAUCUAAAGCAGCUGCACCUCCCCCUCCAGCACGACCUAAAGGCUCCGUCAUUGACCUCACUGAGGAUGACGACGAUGUACAAGUGACAGGAGUGAAGACUGCCCAAGGUGCAACGCCCUCCUCUGGCCCCCGACCUAACCCAGUCAUCAGCAUUCCCAACAGUACAGGACCAAGAUCAUCCCCAAAAACCCAUCAGAACUCAACAAGCAAUCCCCAGAUAACGGUGCAUCACCGCCCCCCACAGGAAUCCUUGAAGUCCCGCACAGUAACCACUACAAUGCCCCGUGGCCCCAGCUCGGCGCUCCCUCCUUUCCCUCCCGCUCCCGCUCCUCAGCGUUUGCCCCCAGAGGCGGAGCAGACGUCACCCCCGCAGCAACUUCAGCUAAAGUUAGUGCCGGGUCAGACCGGUAUCGUGCUGUCCUGGAGCGUUGCAGAAACUGAUCGCACCUGCGCGACUGUGGACAGCUAUCACCUCUAUGCCUUCCAUCAAGACAACUCCAGUAGCGGUACGGCUCAACAGCACUGGAAGAAGAUAGGGGAAGUGAACGCCCUUCCUCUGCCCAUGGCUUGCACACUGACCCAGUUCCAGUGCGGCUCCACGUACUAUUUUGCAGUUCGAGCCAAAGACAUUUAUGGGCGCUACAGUUCUUUCUGUGAACCUCAAUGCACAAAUGUUAUCAGUUCCAGUUCAAGCUAAACCAAUACAAAAUAAAGACAUUUUUUUCAGCUUCUACUUUUGAUUUCUUUUUUUUCUGUUUUGUUUUAAGAUUUCAUAUAUUGUAAGCUGAACAGACAGUAUCUGUAAAUAUGUCUCCAUAAAAAAAACUGGACUCGGAUAAAUGGACUAGCAAACUGCUGGCUGUCUGAUUCCCCUGUAUGUGAUGUAUUCUUUUGUGAUCUAAGCUGUUGUGUAAAAGACCGUAUUAUUUUUUGCCCUCUGCCAGGUCAGAUAUUUAUGUUCACUCCUGCAACUCAGACCAAGACUGUUCUGUUUUUUUUUUCCUCUUUCCUUUCUUCAUGACAGGUGACAAGAUUGUUCAUUGUUCAACUCAAUUGCACAAAUACGUAUACUUGUGUGGUAGAAACAGAAUAAUUUUUUAAAGUUCUGUCUGGCAACCAGACUUUGAAAAACAUAAUAAAAAGUUUUAUUAAA